GCUCAGAGGAUGGCCUUCUCAAGGGACCUGGGCAUUUCUUCCUUCCCUUCCUGCCAUAGCCAUUGACCAUGGCCUCUUCUUCCUGCAGUGUGUGACACCAGUGAAGGUGAACAGCUCCUGAUCCUCAGCUGUCCCCAGUGCGCUGCAGGGCACAAAAAUGGCCACGGAGAGAGAUGGCAACUGCCCCAUUUGCCAGGACACUCGGAAGGACGUGGCUUCUGCUCUGCCCUGUCACCACCGUUUCUGCCUGGGCUGCAUCCUGCGAUGGGCUCAGAGAAAUCCAUCGUGCCCACUCUGCAGAAGGACGAUAGAGACUAUCAGGUUUUCUGACAGUGAAGACGACUAUCUGGAGACAGCCAUCGCAGCCCCCAAGGAGCUGCCAGAUGGCAGCAGCCUGGCAGGGACAGCUCCUGACAGCCUGGAUGAGAACAGCCCCUAUUUCCCUGUGGCAUCCCAUCCAUCUUCUCCACAGGGGACACUAUCCUCACCUGAGCAGAGGGCCUCAGGGCUGGAGUUUGGGGGUGGCCUUCUUCCUGAGGUCUGGGCAGGACUUUUCCGUGAACGGCAGCAGCUCCUGGACCCUGUGCGGCCUUGGCUGCGCCAGAGGCUGGAGGGAAUAUACCGGAGCUGGUGGUGGCUGGUUGAGGCCGCAGAGAGCACCAUUCUGCACGACCUCUGUGUCAAAGGGCCAAACGCACAGGCCUUGAUUGAGGGGCUGGAGCCUCUCCUCGAGCAACACACAGCACUGCUGGUCCAUGGUGUUAUCAGCAUCAUUGUGGGCCAGUGCAGCGAGGAGGCCCAGAGGCUGCUGCAGCGCUCUGGUGCAGUCAGAGACGAGGACAACAGCCCUGUGGCCAGAGCCAGCUCCAGCUCCAGCAAUUCCAGGAACUCCAGCUCCACCAACUCCAGCUCCAACUCCAACAGCUCCAGGACCAGCAGUUUCUGGGAUAAGACUCCCACCGGUGGCCCCAAAGGCUAUAACUCAGAGGAGGAAGUUGGCAUGUUGGAGGCUGUUUCUCGCGGGGGUCCCAGGCAUCCCCCACCUGUGCCUGUCCCCACAGAGCAGGACCAGCCCCAGGAGGAGCUGGGGCAGGCAAUGACAAUGGCAGGUCCUUCUUCCCAGGGCAGCAGCUGA